AUGGCCACCGAAACGGGAGGAGAGGCCCCACCCUCCACAUCGGGAACUGAGAGAACGACACCCUACAAUAUAAAAGACGAUAGUAUACGGCCGCCAGAACGACACGCCUGGCUCCACGUCCCCGACUCAUACUACGAGGCCAGAGUGCCGUGUCCGUUGAUGGUCGCACUGCAUGGCAAGGCCCAUCCGGCCAAAGAGUUGGAGUACCUUACACAACGCUCCAAUGCGGCGUUCAAUCGGUACGCUAUCCUCGUGUACCCCGAGUGCGUUGGUCUACAGUGGGCUGGCAACCCGGAAGCCCCGCCCCGAGACGAGGUGGAUGACGCCGGAUUCGUCGAUGUACUGAUCGAUCAUAUCAUGCGCGACUACGCCGUGGACACCGUACGGGUGUAUAUUGCUGGGUUCGGUACCGUUGGGGGGCUCGCUGGGCUGUUGGCGUGCGACCCUAGAGCGUCCGGCCGCAUCGCAGGCUUCGCUAUGUCUUCGGGCGCGGUUUAUCAGGACGUGGCGCUCAAGGAACCGCUGUUUAGCACAUGCCGCCCCUCACGUUGCCCUGUGCCCAUCCUUGAAUUCUAUAGUAUUGCAGACCCGUGA